GAAAAGGUUGGAUUAUUCAUGAAUAAUCAAAAGGUGGGAUUAUUGAAAGAAGACCGCUAAAAGGUUGGAUUAUUAGUUUCCAUUUACACUUUAAAUUAUUUAUUGGCCCAAAGUGUUCUAUCCAGUCCAAUUAGAAAAUCACAUGCCCAAGAAACUUUCGCUUGUGUUGUACGGUUAGUACCGUUUCUCUUCGGUCGUACGCUACAUUGUUCAUUUCUCCGUUUCCAGCUCCUCUUCCCCUUAGGUCGGACGCAGCCUUCACCAUGCCCUUCGUCUAAUAUCCCGACCGAGGAAUGGAAUCAAAGUUCUUUCGCUUCCUAAAGAUAGUUGGAGUUGGUUUCAAAGCAAGAGCUGAAGCAGAGGGGCGUUUGUUAUACCUAAAAUUGGGUUACAGCCAUGAGGUUGAGCUGACUGUUCCUCCGGCUGUUCGUGUGUUUUGCUUCAAACCGAACGUGAUCUGCUGCACAGGGAUUGAAAAGGAAAGGACAAAUCAAUUUGAUGCGGCCAUCAGAAGCUGCAAACCACCAGAAGUAUACAAAGGGAAAGGGAUAAUGUACAUUGAUGAAGUGAUUAAGAAGAAGCCAGGGAAGAAAUCGAAAUGAGUUCUCCAGGUUCUUCAUUUAUUUGUACCCACUUUUGAAUUCAUCCAUCUGCUGAAGAUAAUAAGAGUGGUGCUAGAUUGCUUGGUCCCGAACUCCCAACCCACCAUUCGUCUAUAUCGUUUAAGAUCAAUGCUUAAGGCCGGUAUGCGACAUGCCAUUAGUCAAUUAGUGUAACUUACAUACCAUUUUUGUGUGGGUGUAUAACUUCUCAUUAUUUAACUACUUCAAUGGAGCUGUGUUUAUAACUUUAUAUGACCAUUCAGUUUAUUUUGAGCUGAAAUUUAAUAAAUUGAAACAAUUAAUUCAUGUGUAGCGCCAUUCUUUAUUAGUUGCAACACUUCGAUUUUCAU